AUGACCUCUUCCAGCCUGGCGUUCGAGUUGUUUACUCUGCCAACGCAAGUGGAUAACAGCACUUUUUGGACCAAUUUAAAGGAAAACAACUACUUCAUUUUACAGCAAACAAAGACACAGAAAAAUGGUCUUAUGAGAAGUGUGCUGGGCACCUUACAGAAUGUUCUGGAUACAAAGCAAUCACCUUACCGCAUCUUGUUUCGACGUGUAAACGGCACCAAUUUGCAAGUGGCAGCUGCAGAGACAGAAAAGAGGGCAGAGAUAGCAUGGGGCUGGAUCGAAUCCAAUUUGCUGCCCUUGCUGGAUAGUUUGGAUAAAGAGGAGACAGAGCCUUUUGUUGUUACAAAGAUAAACUCGAUUGUUACACGUAGAGAUUCUGGUACCGAUGAGAUUUCAACAGACGAGAAGGUCAGAAAGGCGUCGAGAAGCUUUCGACAGACAUUUGAUGUAUCUCCUACUGAACGUCUUGUCAAUUAUUAUUCCAGCGCAUAUCACACAAAUCGAUUCACCAGCCAGGGAUGGCUCUACAUUAGCGAAAAUUACCUUGCUUUCUACUCAUUUUUACUUGGUUAUGAGACUAAACUGCUGCUGGAACUCAAGGACAUCCAGGACAUCAAGAAAGAGCGAUCCAAGCGUGGUGUGUUUUCAGACGCCAUUAAGAUUUCGAUGAAGGAUAAGAGUGAGCAUUUUUUCUCCAAUCUCUUCAAGAGAGAUGAAGUAUACGACAUAUUGGUCCAAUUGACUGGACUAGCAAUGCAGCGAGUGUUAAAGAGCACAGCUUUGGAACAUGCACCUGGAAGCGACGUAUCCAUCGAUAUUAAAGACAGCGACAUCGAUGCCAUCAAGGACUCUGAAGUAUCAUCCAACAAAAUGGCUUCGUUACCUGCUGCUGAGAUCAGACAACUCAUGCAGCCUUUGAAAGCCAAUCUUGCAGCCCAAAAACGUGAUGAACGAUUCAGAGCUCGAUUUAGACUACCACCUACCGAACACUUGACCCAUUCAUUUAGUGUUGUUCACCCUGUGGAGGAGGAAGUAGCUUCCAGCGAAGAUCACGAGAGAAAGACGACAAAUUACAAUGGUGUGUUGGCUUUAUCAGAGGCGUACCUGACAUUCAAUUCCACAGAUCAAGGUCGCUACUUUGAAGUUGUCAUGCCAUUAUACACUGUUCGUCGUGUGGAGAAAUUAGCAGAUAAACCUGAUGCUUUCCCUAUCAAGAUUGUAAAUUGGCAUCAAUCCGAAUCCGUCUAUUAUUUGAAUGUUAAUUCCAAGGAAUACGACGAAUUUUCAGCUACACUGACUACCAAUUUGAGAAACCAAAUCAAGCACAUGAGAAUGAUGAAGCAGUUUUUGACCACAUGCGCAUCUGAGGCUGUGAUUUCAGACAAAACAUACGAGGAAAUGAACACAAUACCUGGUGGUUUGGGCUUGCAGUUUGAAUUCCCUGGUGACCCCAAAAAGUUGAAGGAGAAAAGCAAGAUGAAGCUUUGGAAAAAGUAUUUCAAUGAAUAUGGACGCAAUUUGACCAUCUCAAAGACACCUCGUUUCGCCAAGCUGAUACGAGUAGGAUUGCCGAACAGAUUGCGCGGUGAGAUUUGGGAAGUUUGCUCUGGAGCAAUUUUUGAGCGAUUCAUGAGCCAAGGAUUAUACGAUCGCAUUUUGGAAGAAAACAAGAACCGCAAUUCAUUGAGUUUGGAAGAGAUUGAGAAGGAUUUGAACAGAUCGUUGCCUGAGUACAAAGCCUAUCAACAGCCAGAGGGCAUCAAUAGUCUGAGAAGAGUGCUCAGCGCUUAUUCCUGGAAAGACCCUGAACUGGGUUAUUGUCAAGCAAUGAACAUUGUCACAUCCGCUAUUCUCAUUUAUAUGAGCGAAGAACAAGCAUUCUUUACUCUAAGCGUCUUGUGUGAUGACUUGCUACCUGGUUAUUAUAGCACGUCCAUGUAUGGCGCCCUGCUGGAUCAAAUCAUUUUUGAGCACUUAUUGGAGAAAACGAUGCCCAAAUUGCAUACUCAUUUCAAAGAAACUGAUAUUCAGCUGUCGGUUGCUUGUUUGCCAUGGUUUUUGAGUUUAUACAUCAAUUCUAUGCCCUUGUUGUUUGCAUUCAGGGUCCUGGAUUGCUUUUUCAUGGAGGGGCCCAAAGUGUUGUUUCAAAUAGGUCUUGGUAAGAAACGCUUCUCACAUGUGUCAAAAAGAAUAUGCAUCUCACUAGCAUUCAAUAGCUAUUCUCAAAAUCAAUGGAGAUGA